GACAACGAGCUCCCUCUAGCCCAGGAACACGACCGUUGGGCGCAAAUGCCCGCCUUGCCACCCCCAUUGCCAGACAUCUAGACACGGACUCCCAGAUAGCACGGUCGACCGCGCGCAAUCUUGCAUUGAGCCUGCUGCCGACAUGAGCCAGAUGGGAAUGGAGCACGAGCAACACCAUCAGGAGCCGGGCUACCACGACCCCAAUACGCAGUGGGUCGACUCCAAUGCCUUCACCCACUCGCAGCACCAGUCGCCCGUCCAGGAGUACAAUGGCUUCGCCUUCACCCCGCUGCCCAUGGAGCCCAUGUAUUCGGCCCACCAGAUGCAUCCGCCCAGGACGACGCACCAGCAGCUGCAGCCCUUGAUCAUGCCUCAAUGGCCGAGCAUGUUGACGAGCAACUCGAGCUAUGUCGCCCCAGUCUAUCCCACCGCGCCCGUCCCCGUCACGCCUGCAUCGGCGACGCCUGUCUCGGCGACGUCGACCCGCUCGCACAGUACGUCGACUCCGAGGAAGACUCUGACCGACUCGGACCGGAGGCGAAUGUGCCUCUAUCAUGAAGAGCACCCAACGGUGAAGCAAACGGAGAUUGGAGCCAUGUUCGGUGUCGAAAGAAGUACUGUGUCCAAAGUCCUGCGCCAGAAGGAGAAAUAUCUCUACCAGGACGACGGCAGCCGCUCGCCCGUGAAGAGAUCCAAAGGCAAGUUUCCAGACAUUGAAAGGGCCCUGUCCAACUGGGCCCGGAAUCACCAGAAACAAGGCUUCCCUUUGAACGAUGCUAUGAUAAGGGAGAAGGCGCGAUUCUUUGCGACGACAGUCGGCAACUCGGACAGCCAUCUCAAGGCAAACAGUACCAGCUGGCUUGAGAAGUUCAAGCAAAAGAACAAUCUCAUGGGUGCGAAGUCUCGAAAGAACUCAAUCGCGGAAGAAUCAGAAGGCCAUUCAAACCCACCGUCGAGUUCGCAAACGCCCAGUGGCAUCUCUCCAGUAUCGCCGAGCGGGGCGCCUUCGCCUCUCACCAUGUCAGCAUCAAAAAGCCAGGAGAACUUGAAAACAGACAGCCCCGAUAGCUUUAUUGAUUACACGAACAGCCACCGACCAUUCCAUUCCCAGAGCACUACGUCUCUGUCGAGUGUUUUCACUGACACUGCUCCGUCAUCCUUCUCGGCUGGACCUACCAGCCCAACUUCACCGUUCUUCACUCCGGACUCGGCAUGUGGACCAAGCCCUUUUAUGCCUUCGCAACAGGCGAGAGGCCAGCCAGGAAGCGGUAAUUUCCAGCGACCUCGAAGCCAGACCUUCCCGAUGCUCAUCGGUGUGGAGCAGUAUAUGUCACCGCCACCGUCGUCGGAACCAAUGACUCCCAAAUUUCUCAACAGCACUGCACUGGAAUCUCCCUUGUCGGAGAUGCAAUCGCUUAGCGGCAUGGAUGAUACGAUGCAGACAUCGCAGUCACAGAUUGUGACCAGUUCCAUGCAGCCUCCACCAGUGCCAGCUGUACCCCCAGUUGGGCAGCAGAGACAGCAUUCCUCUCCGAUGAGCACGGAGAAUAAUUCACCGGUUUCACCUUCCCAAGAAGACGCUCGUCGGGCUCUUGAGCUUGUCAUGAAUUUCUUCCAGCACCAGCCAACCGGCUUUGUAGAGCCUCAGGAUUACAUGACCAUUGGCAAGCUGAUGGAGAAGCUAAAGUUACAGCGGCAGGGAGAGCAUUUGCCGGGGGGACUGCAUCGCAUUCCUGAGCAAGAGUAUGCUGUGAGGAAGGUGGAGUAGCUGAGAAUGCUACAAAGCCCUGAAGAUCACUAGGGAUCCUACUUGGACUGGUCGUCUCGCGUUCUAGGUUUUCGGUCAUGGGUUCGGGUUGGGUUUUCUUGUUAAUUCAGGAGAAACGGGGUUGGGAAGAGCUUGGAUUCAUGAAGCGCGGGUACACAUCUCAUCUACAUCUACAUCUACAACCGGCUGGACAUUGGGAAAUCUGGAGCUGGCAUCAUUCCAUCAUAACCAUUGACGGCGCACACCACGGUCAUCGGUUAGCGGCAGCAUCAGCAUCAUUCACAUCAUCCUCGCAACACUUUGGGCGGCAUUUUUUGGGACGUUAUGGCCAUGGUUUAUGGGACUUUCUUGUCUGAUUUUUUCUGUUUUACUAUUUCCAG